GUGUGCACUUCAGUAGGAUCAGUGGAUAUGUUCUCAGCUGAAAUGAAGUACCACUUCUGCACAGUUCUGCUAUUAUUGUCCCUGAGAUUCCCCGUGUUACAAGCAACAGAUUGUUGCAAUUUUAAAGAAAGAUGUCAGGAAGAUAAAAAUGAAUGUCAAGUAGUAUGGAGCAUCCUGCAAAAUGUCUGUGAUUUCUCAGACAGCAACUGUCAAAUAAGAGACCCAGAAAGCUGCAAUACAACCAUCCAUUUCAUAAUUAAGAAAUAUCCAGAGUUUAAGGGCUGCACAUGCUCUGAAGAUAUGAAUUGCAGCAUUAAAAGACUGCUUGGGAAGCAAUGCACUGCUGGUAAAGUUUACACAAAUCCUACAGAACCUAUAAAGCCUCACAUUCUGCAGAAAAGUUCCCCAAAAUAUUCAAAAACAGCAGGUGUCAUUCCACUGGCAACACAAAAUGAUUGUUAUUUAGCUAAACAAAACUGCAAACUAGACCAGCAUUGCUUUGAUUUGUAUGAAAACUUUAAAAAUUGCUGUAUCACAAAUGCAAACCUAUGCACUACUCAUGGAUCACACGAAAAAUGCCUCUCAGCUUGGAGUGAAUUAAAAACAACUGUUAUGGGGAACUGUGGAUGUUUGUAUCCAGCUAAGGAAAAAUGUUCGAAAAUCUGGAAUGGCAUCUACAAUAAUUCUUGUUUAAAACAUGCUAGAAAAAAGGAAUGCACAUUGACAAUCACGGAAGAAAAGAAUGAGAAAAAUGAGGUUCCUGAAGCUGCAGACAUUGUUUCAAAUGAUUUAGACUCCACCAUCGCCUUAAAAUGGGAGUUAAGUUCACUAACAAGACUUGAAUACAGCAGCCCAAUGUCUUGUUUUGAAGUAGCAACCCUUUGCGUCAGAGAUGAAGUGUGCAACAGACACUUGGCAGCACUGCUACAGAUCUGUAAAGUCAAUGGAAAUGUAUGUAAUAAAACAGGCUGCCAGAGAGCAACACAAUCAUUCUACACCACAAUGCCUUUCCACGUCUCUGAAUUGUUCGCUUUUUGUGAUUGUGCCCAAUCUGAUGAGGACUGCAAAAGUACAGGUGAUGACCUUCAUAGCAAGCCGUGUGCAGUUCAAACUGACACUGCCAUCUCUUGUCUUGAUGUAAUUCGUGGGUGCCUUGAAGAUGAGCUAUGCAGGCCAACGUAUGAAACCUAUCUGUCAAAAUGCUGGUGUGGAAAUGAUGAAAACUGCUUAUCGGACAUCAGCUUGGAGGAUCUAAGCUGCUCUGGAAAUGAUACUUGCAAAGCUGCCUAUAUUGCUACUCUUGGUACAGACCUUCACAUGCAGUGCACCUGUAACCCAGCUCUCGGUGUAGAGGAUCAUCAUUUAUGCAGACAAUUUUAUCACAUGGUCCAUAGCAAAUCCUGCUUCAAAAGAGUUACUCACAGGAACUUCCAUAAAUUAAACAGUGAAUCUGUUAUAUUAGCAGGUUCUCACUCCUUACAGAACGGUUCCAUGAUUUAUAUAGCAGCUUACAUCUCGGGAGUCAUUUUAGUUUCUGCCAUAAUUCUUCUGGCUUUGCUUCAGGCAAGGGCCUGCAGGACACGAAAAAAGGAAAAUCUUCCAAAAGGAAAUGUUUCUGAAAGUUUAAUGGAUUCUUAACAACUUUCAUUCUAUUAAUAUAUAUAUAUAUAUAUACUUACAUUUUUGACUUAUGCACAGUAGUGUUUGCGUGCCGUAAUUUGCAUUAUUUUUGUUACCUGCAACAAAUUAAAUAUUUACCUUGCCUAUACAUUUAGAUAAUAGAAUACAUUUAGGGGGUUAUUUACUAAGCUCCGAAUACCCGAAAUUCCCCGAAAUCCUAAAAAAUU